GUUGGAAACCGAUACAGACUGGGCAGAAAAAUUGGAAGUGGAUCUUUUGGAGAUAUUUAUUUGGGAAGUGUGUCAAACUCGGCACGAUGGGAAUCAAGGCAGUGGAAUCCCCCAUGCAGAGUGAGAAACACAAAACUGCCAAGUCAACCCGCCAACAGACACCAGGUAUUUCCCAGUUCUGUUCUACCCUCUUCUCCAACACGCUUCCACCCCCAUCUCUGAUACCAGCGCCACGGCAAGCAGCAACAGAUCUCCGGACAACAUUCAGGUUUACGCCUACGCUAAAUGCAGAGGUACUGUGGUGUCUGAACACAGUGACAAAACACCAAUCAUACAAGUCAAAUAAGGGAGUAGGAGACUUAUUCCACACAGUGUUCCCGGACUCUGAAAUUUGCCACACUUUUGCAUGCAGUUCCGACAAGACAGGCUACAUCAGCAAGUUUGGAUUAGCCCCGUACAUCUCAGAUCAGCUUGUUGCGGAUGCUAACAAGGACGCAUUUGUUUUAAUGUUUGAGAGCCUCAACCAAACCACGAAAACCAAACAAGUGGAUCUGCAUGUACGCUAUUGGUGCGAAGAUCAUGUCCACAACAGAUAUUUGGGAUCGCAGUUCAUGGGACAUGGAGCAGCUGAGGAUGUACUGCACCACUUCAAAGUACAGAUAUUUCUGUCGGGGAGGAAGUUGCCAUCAAGCUGGAAUGUGUAAAGACCAAGCACCCCCAGCUUCACAUCGAAAGCAAGAUCUACAAGAUGAUGCAGGGGGGAGUGGGAAUUCCCACCAUUAAGUGGUGCGGAGCGGAGGGCGACUACAACGUGAUGGUGAUGGAGCUUCUGGGGCCCAGCCUGGAGGACCUGUUCAACUUCUGUUCCCGCAAGUUCAGCCUGAAGACUGUGCUCCUGUUGGCUGACCAGAUGAUCAGCCGCAUUGAGUACAUCCACUCCAAGAACUUCAUCCACCGGGACGUCAAACCAGACAACUUCCUUAUGGGCCUGGGCAAGAAGGGCAACCUGGUGUACAUCAUCGACUUUGGGCUGGCCAAGAAGUAUCGCGACGCCCGUACCCACCAGCACAUCCCCUACCGAGAAAACAAAAACCUGACAGGCACUGCCCGCUAUGCCUCCAUCAAUACGCACCUGGGCAUAGAGCAGUCGCGGCGUGACGACCUGGAGUCUCUGGGCUACGUGCUGAUGUACUUUAAUCUGGGCUCGCUGCCCUGGCAGGGCCUCAAAGCUGCCACUAAGAGGCAGAAGUACGAGAGGAUCAGCGAGAAGAAGAUGUCCACCCCCAUUGAAGUCCUGUGCAAGGGCUACCCCUCCGAAUUUGCCACAUACCUGAACUUCUGCCGCUCCCUGCGCUUUGACGACAAGCCUGACUACUCGUACCUGCGACAGCUCUUCAGGAACCUGUUCCACCGCCAGGGUUUCUCCUAUGACUAUGUCUUCGACUGGAACAUGCUUAAGUUUGGCGCAAACCGGGCUGUGGAGGACGCUGAGCGGGAGAGGAGGGACAGAGAGGAGAGGCUGAGGCAUGGCAGGAACCCUACUGCCAGGGGGAUCCCCUCCGCCUCGGGACGGCCCCGAGGGGCCCAGGACGUCACCCCCCCGUCACCCCUCACCCCCACUUCUCACACAGCCAACACCUCGCCACGGCCCAUCUCUGGCAUGGAGAGAGAGCGUAAGGUCAGCAUGCGCCUGCACCGAGGCGCCCCUGUCAACGUCUCCUCCUCUGACCUGACCGGACGGCAGGAUGCUUCACGCAUGUCCACAUCACAGGUACGAGCCAGCCCCACUCCCAUGACCAUGCCCACGGCCUUGCCCUUGCCUGGCCUGCCCCAGCUCAGUAAACAAGCAACAAUGCUGUCAACGAAUAAACAUAUUUAACUCUACACAUGAAAGUGUGGGGACUUUGAAGAGAAACACGCUUUUCAUUGAAACGAAACUUGGGCCAGGUGCCUUGACAUGGUGAUGUGAAAUGUAGAGGAAUCUGUGUAAACUUUAGUGUUGGAGGGUGGAUAGUCAGUUAGUUUGAAUUUAAGUUGCAGAUGGUGAGGGUCAGAAACACACAGAUCCUCCAGUAACUAGAGUAGCGUUUGACACCCCUGUUCUGUAGGGGAUGUUGAUGUUUUUAUUUCUAAUGCUGGUUUGGUGUAUGUUGUAGCUGGGUGUGAAAUGUUCAAUCAGGUCAGCACUCUGAAGUUUUUUUUGUGGGAUUGGACCGAGUCAGGUGAGCUCUGUGCGAAGUCCAUGUGCCACUGCAGGACGGGGACCAGCUGACUGCAAAGUGUGCUGCUGUUCACAUACUGCCAGGGGGCUGAGGUCCAAUGGCAGCUGAGCUGAGGAGCUUCCCCGUCACAAGCCCUAUUUAGCCUCAGCACUUUGGCUUAUGCCUACCGGCAGCAGUACCGCAAACACCGUGUGUUUUAGUUUCGUAAUCCAACGCCAGGGAGUAGCGCUCUGGAGUGUAUUCAUCUGGUUUGCGCAUUGAAGCAGAAGGGUUUUGGGCCCUGUUCAGCACAAAGUGGGAAUGAACAUGAUAUAAUUUGGAUCAAUCAGAUUUUUCUGUUACUUCCAAGUUUUUGAGGAUUCAUCAGUCCCACUCUCCAUAUUUUUGUAUCCUGGUUUCUGUAUGGCUGACGGUAUUCCCAUGAUUUUGAGUCUUAGCACCGGUACGAAAUGUUGGAUUAUGAAGUCAUGGUCCUUCCACAGUGUUCCACAAAAAUGAAACUGGAGGAGAAGGGACGCAGAAUUCAGCUUGCAUUUUUUUGAGCUUUACAUGCUAUAUGUGCUUUUCUGCAUUGCUUUUGUACAAUUGCACAAUGUUCUUUCUUCACAAAUGGCUGUUUCCCCCUCCCCCCCACCC